AUGAACUGCGUCAAGGGCGAGAUCCACAAUGUGCUCUCCAUGAUGCGCAUCAACGCGCGCUGGGCCAGUACCGACCGCUUCACCCAAGAGAUCCCAGCCGCGACCCAGUCGCCCAUGAUGCGCGCGUUCAAGCAGCUGCACUACGAGCUCCAGUCGGUGGCCGACUUGGCGGACGUGGACACAGUCACGUACCUGUUGCCCUUUAUCAUGGUCAUCGAGUCGGACCGCACGAGCGGGUUCAUAACCGGGGCCGCCAUCUCUGCGAUGAAUAAGUUUCUCUUGUACGGUCUCAUUACGUGCGACUCGCUGCGGGCGGAUGUAGCCAUUAACCGCAUCGCGGUGUGUGUCUCCCGAUGCAAAUUCGAAGAGACGUAUCGAGACGAUGACGAAGCUGUGCUGAUGAAGCUGCUGGAACUCGUGGAGUACUCGGUUCGCUGUGAUGCCGGCCAUUUGAUUGCGGGCGAUAAUCUAUUCAAGAUGCUGCAGCUGUGCUACAGCAUCCGAUGCCAGUCGAGAUCGUCGGUCCAUUUGUGCCGGUCAGCCGACAAUACGUUGUCCCACUUGGUGCUUACAGUGUUCGACAGGAUCGAGGAGUUGGGGUCGCAGAGAAAAAACAGUCAACCCAUAGCGCGCAUGGCGCCACAAACGUCUUCAAAGGAGCAUGAAAUCGCAACAGGUGAUGGCGAAAGUAAAGUGGCAAGUGUCACUCCCGAGUACGAUGACAGUCUCGAUGUUGCGCAACCACCGACUUUUGUGCCAGUGGAGCCAACGUCCGUUGCAGCAAAAGCCGCGGGGGAGACGCCGUAUGGCAUCCCGUUGCUGGAACGGAUCUUGCACUUUAUAUCAGGGCUGAUAUCGCCGACGGAGAAUGAAGAGCUGACGUGCGUCCAGGGACUGAAACUUAUGAAUGUAGUGCUUGAGACAGCUGGUACAGGACUUGGCAAUCACCCGUGCUUGGUGUCAGUGCUGCAAGGAGAUUUGUCGAAGUUUCUACUGCAAAACUCAGAGACCGAGGAGCUGGGCAUUCUGUCGCUCACGCUUCGUGUUGUGUUCAACCUGUUCAACUCGAUUAAGGACCACUUGAAGGUUCAGCUGGAAGUAUUCUUUACGAGUGUUCAUAUGCGUAUUAUCGACUCGCCGUCGUGCUCGAAUGAGCAGAAGGAGCUGGCGCUCGAAUCUUUGCUCGAGUUCUGCCGCGAACCGGCGCUCAUGCUAGAUUUAUACAUCAACUAUGACUGCGAUGUACACUGCACGAACUUGUUCGAGGUAUUGUGCAAGUCACUGGCGAAAAAUUGCCAGUCCAUGUCGGGCUCGGACGGCAGUCUGAACGCUUUGACGUUGCUGUGUCUCGAGGGCUUGUUAGCGGUCAUUGAGUCGAUCGCUCAACGAUGUCCUUUAAAUGCGCCUACAACAACCUCAGGGUCCGGUGCUUUCGGACGCAAUGCAGGUAUCUUGAGUCUGAAGGGGUCUGAUCUGGCUCGAUUUACGGCUGGGGCUUCGCCUGGUACUGAAGGUUCAUCUGGUGAAUUUUCGGUGAACGACAUUUCACCAAUGUCUUCCGUUCGAGACCUCAUGCAGCUUAUGAUGUCAGGGAGCGAGAGCGACUCGGACUCGGAGCAGAGUGAACAAGAUAAUUUGGUGGACCAAUUGGCGUGGCUGCAUACGGCUCGCGAACGCACUGCCGAAGUCUUGCAGCAACGCAAGCGUAUCAAAAAGCGUUGUGCGCUGGCAGCAGAAAAGUUUAAUCACGAUCAGAAGAAUUGGAUCGCAUUUUCACAGCAAAUUGGACUUUUACCUGAAGAGCUAACGCCUGAAUCUGUAGCGUCAUUCUUGCUGCACACCCCAGGUCUUAACAAGACGCUUAUUGGUGACUUCAUUGGCGAUGGACCCAUUGAGAAGUGCCCGUUUAAUGCUGCGGUACGAGACGCGUAUGUUGCAAUGUUUGAUUUCCGAUCAGCCUCGUCACUGGAUGAGGCACUGCGGAUGUUCUUGGCUAAGUUUCGUCUACCGGGUGAAGCACAAAAAAUUGAUAGGAUGAUGGAAGCGUUUUCGAAGCAAUUGUAUUUGCAAGCUGGUUCGUCUGGACCUCUAGCAGAUGCUGACGCAGCCUAUGUGUUGUCAUUUAGUAUCAUUAUGCUGAACACAGACUUGCACUCAGACCAUAUCGCAAAGAAAAUGACAGUGGAAGAGUUUGUUCGCAACAACCGUGGAAUCAACGCGGGCCAGGAUCUGCCGGUAGAGUACUUGACGGAUCUGUACUACAACAUUCUAGAGAAGGAGAUCCAAAUGCAGCAUGAUGUAUCCGACUUUAUGGAGUCUCCAUCGUCGACGGUUGACAGGUACUCAUUGCAGUGGGAUGGUGUGUUGAAGCGCUCAGAGAAUGUGGUUGGCGCUAGCUUCACUUCGAAUACGAGUAUUCUAAAGGUGCGCGCUGGACUUUACGAAAAGGACAUGUUCAACUUGAUCUCCGAAAGCACUAUCAAGAGCAUAUUGUUGGCGUUCGAAAAGACAUGCGACGCGACCAAUAUGGAGCGUGCUGCGGACGGGCUAAGCAACUGUGCCAAAAUCAUGCUGUACUACAACAUGGUUGACGAGUUCAACAAAAUUAUGGGAGCGCUGUCAUCGUACUUCCUCACGUUUGCUCAUGGCAUCAUGAGUGGUGAAAAAGUGUACGUGCCACCGACGAUGCUAAAACACCCGGCAUCUUCUCCACUUCCGUCUGCUUCGGAGGAUCAACAUGCAGAGACUACCAGAGAGCAGAUCGUUCGCUGCCAGGAUGACGGUACCGGGGUCGAGGUUUUGGUAGCUCAGCAGCAGGUUGGCAGCUCAGUAAACGAAGAUUUGACGCAGGGGGCAAAGACUCGUCGUGCACUGCUAUCGCUGAAGAUGCUAUUCCAGUUUGUACAAAAUAAGAGCACCUUCUUUCGCAAGGGUUGGGCGAAUGUGAUCGAGUGCAUGCUCAUGUUUAACGAGCUAGAUGUGAUUCCUACAUCGUUGGUGGAGAUCGAUGAUUUCGUGGAUUCGCGUGGUGUGCCGUUGCCUCCGAUGCAGGGCGGGACGUCGACCCAUGCUUCCUCUCCUUCCAAUGUUCCAUCCAAUCGCAGACAGAGUGGAACAGGACUUUCAGGGAAGACCCGUGAACGUUCUCGACGUCAAGCCGAGCGCCAAGCCGCUAUUCGGAGUCGUAUGAAACGCAUGACACAGGCUAGUCAGGGCACUUCGUAUGGAAGCCACGGGCAGAAUGUCAACAGUGGAUCCAUCUGGGGCUCGUUGUCGUACUACCUCUGGGCUGAAGAGGAAAAAGUCGACGAGAGCUUCUCGUUGGCUAACGAGAUGCUGCGUGAAGAGGUGGCGAUGCUCGGUGGCGGCAUCCUUGAAAAAGAGAAUUGGCUGCGUUUGACCCGCAAAUUGCAGGAGGAGGCAUUGUCGAGCCUGCUGGAGACGUUGAUCUCGUGUCGUGAUCCAUUCAAGUGCAUUGUGCAGCCGUCUGAUUCCGGUGUCGAUGCCAUGAUGCAGGAAAAUGCGAUUCUUGUGUUAGAGCUGAGCGUGGACAUUAUCUUGGUCAACUCGCACCGUAUUUUGCAGCUCAACUUGUGGGACUCAUUCCAUCUGUAUGCCAAACGCAUUCUGUCGACACCAUUGAGCGAGCUGCGCAUGCAGGGACUCGUUGAACGUGUCGUUGUGCACAUUUUGCGAGUCAGUAUCCGACUCUUUCACGAUGAGCAGGUGCGUCCCAAACUGAUGGCGACGCUCGAGCUGCUUUUGACACUGAACCGGGAUAUGUAUAAGGCGCUGAGUGACCGGCUAUCGUCUGGUAUCACAAUGUUGCUCAAGGCGAACCUUGUAUACAUGCAUAACUUCCACGACUGGGAGGUGCUCUUGGGCAUCUUGAACAACGUGGUCGAAUACAUCAACAGUCGCUCAGCUUGUUGGGAAAGUGUGGUAGUGCUCGCAGAAGGAAAGCGCUUACAUGAUGACAACUUCCCGUUUUGGAUGUCUCUUUGCUGCGGAUUCGUUCGUCACCGGACAUCGUAUGCUGUUGAGGCAUUGAAGCUUCUCCAAGGACUAGCCAACAGUGACAGCACAUACAAAAUGAGUGGCAGCUCGUGGUUGCAAGUGAUGCGAGUGAUGCUCGAGUAUCUGAAUGAUGAUCGACUUCCAGUAGCAAGGACUGCUUGGGAUUGCUUGCGCAACUCGCUCCUUGUCCCGGGAGUGCCGAUCGCCAAGGAUACGUGGCACCAAUGCUUUGACGACAUCAUCUUUGCGUUUGACGAUCAAGUCAACGACGUCACUGUGAGGAUGGCACGUGAUGCUCCUCUGUACAGUAUCACACUGUUGUCCAAGACGUUCCUCCACAACUUGAACGUCUUGAUGGAGUUACCAACCUUCCCGGACUUGUGGCUGAAAGUCCUGCGUCGUCUUGCAAACAAACUUGUUGCAUCGAGCUCAUCUUCGACGCGAUCGCAGCAGUCAAGUGUUGUGUUUGAGACGACCUUACAGUCGUUGUACAACCUGCUGCUCGUGUUGAAGGCCGAAGAUAUUCUCGAGCGCGCUAGCACCGAGGACAGUACUGAGACGCUGUUUGACGAAACAUGCGCUGUCAUCGACGCCGUGUGUCCGCAUCUGAAAGAGCAGCUGGGUCUGAGUCCUGAUGCAAGCAGUACUGAUGGCACUGCUGCAACCCCCACCGACGACAGUGAGCAAGAAGGUGAGCGCUCCGUUGUUGACGUUGUGGCAGAUAAAGCUCUUGAUAGUGCAGAUGGUCGAGAUGCUUUGGUGCCGACUACCGAGAACGACAAUGGGCUCAAGACUGAGGAUGUUUCUACUGCAGGGCUCAAGACUGAAGCUACUGAUGCCGAAGCUCAAGACGGCAGGACUCAUGAGGAGGUCUCUGGAAGUGACGAUGUUGAAGCUGCUGAACCGAUGGACAACCAACCUGCGGAUUCGCGUGAUUCCAAGGAUGAAAGCAAGUCCGAGGCCGCUAUUGCUCCAGUAUCGACUGCUGGUGCUCCUUUUCCAUCCAUUUCAUCGACGCUCGACGGGAUUGUCGGGAUUGGUGACGGGACGUUCGGGAUCAAGGUCGAAAGGGUCAUCGUCGACGAAAUCACCGAGUCUGUUUGA